GGUGUUCCUCUCAACUUUUGAAGCAGAAAGUAAAAGGAGAAAACACAAAACCUUUGAAAGCUUUUUAAAACGCAGCGUUUUUGAAAGGCUGACUAUUCUGGCUUUCCCUACCAUGGAAGCUUUCAGUCUCCUUAACUACUGGAAAAACAGUGGUGGUGUUUCCUCCGGCCUCAGCUUGCUCCCUCAGUCCUCCGAUUCCUCUUGCCGUUACUCCGGCGAAGCCACCACCAUUGUCACCUCCGUGACGGAAACAGAGGAUGAAACUACCGCCGCCGACGACGACGACGAAGGACCGUUCUUCGAUCUCGAGUUCUCUGUUCCGGUGGAGGAAGAAGAAGAGAGCGGAGAUAGCAACAAACACGGUGAAGAUGACGGUGGAGGAGGAAGAAGAAGAGGAGAGGAUGAUUCCGAUUGUACGGACGGUGGUUGUGAGUUCAAGUUCACGCUCUCCUCGUGUUCCGGUGGAGAAGAUCGAGUAGAUCCAGACCUCGAUUUCUCUCCUUCGGGCGAUGUUUACUUCAAGGGACAGAUUGUGGAGGAGCUUGAACCGCCGUCUUCAGGAACAGAGCAGACAUGCUCCGUCAAAGCUCCGGCGGCACAGUUAUCGGCGUCGAUUUUGAAAUCCGCCACGAAGCUUCGCGUGUUCAUGCUCGGCAUGAAGAAAUCGAAGCUAAUUCAGGCGAAAUCGGAGAAAUCAGAAGCCGAUUUAGUAUCUGGAGACUCCGACAAGCGAAACCCUCCUCCUCCUCAUCCGUCACACUCGCCGGAAUCGCAACAGAAAAGUACGGUCACAGUGAAUUUAAAAGUGGAAGAGGUGCCGAUAAUUUCCCUCUUCGCGAGAGACAACAGCUCGAGAAACUCGUCGUCGUCGUCUUCUUCUUCUUCGUCUUCCUCCUUGAAGAAGCAAAACGGCAGCGAAUCCGUCGUUUCGGAAGAAAACCGAUUCGUGACGGUGCAAAAGUACCUGAAGAAGGUAAAGCCGCUUUACAUCCGAGUUUCGCGCCGGUACGGCGAGAAGCUAAAGCAUCCCGGCCAACUAACAUUCGGCUCCUCCGCUCCGUCGGCGAGAUCUACGGCGGAGAAAACUGAAUCUCCGGUGAUGAAGACGCAUAAACCGGGAAAUAUCAACAUCAACAUUCCGGCAGGUCUUAAAGUAGUGAGGAAACACCUCGGAAAAAGCAGAUCUUCAUCGUCGACUACGACGGCGACUCCGUCGUCUACGGCGGCGACUGUUACGACGCCGUCUGAGUCAAGGAGACGCGACGACUCGCUUCUGCAGCAACAAGAUAGCAUUCAAAGCGCCAUUUUACACUGCAAAAGAUCUUUCAAUUCCUCUCGAGAUAAAGAUCCGUCGGUGUUACCAAGAUCGGUGAGUGAUCCUUCCUCUUACGAUAAAUGAAAAAAAUCGUAUCUUUGUUCGUUUCAAGAGAAUCUCAACUUCUUUGAUUUUCUCGAAUUAACACUUAAAAAUAAUUAUGGAUUAAUAUUGUACAUAUCUAUCUUAGCUUAUUUUGGUCAGGAUGGUAGCAGUAAGAGUCGUUGAUCCUAGAUGUUAUGUUUGGUCAUGUAGUGAUGAUGACUAUUGAAACUUUCGAACAUAAAAAGGUUAUUAUGAAGAAGAAGAAAUAGACAUCUUCUCUUUUGUCAUCUUUAUUUUG